UACCUUUCAUUGGGUCUUCGCUGAUGAUCCGCCUGUAAAAGCAAUGUACGGUAUAAACACACACACAAAACUCUUUCUAUCGUAUUUUUUUUAUACAGUGUAAAUAGUCAGAAAAAAGUCUAAAAACUUGUUUUUCUUACAUGAGUUUCACUUCGGGUAAUCCGGCUUUUGGGGGACUUCUUCUCCUUUUUGGUAACACAGGUGGUACUUUCGAUUUCGAGAACUGCAUCAUACAAGAUACAACCACACAAACUAAACAUAUUGUUCGUCCGUUCAUCGUGCUUUGUUUAGGGUCUAAAGUUUAGGCGAAUGAAUUCAACUUGUUUGAAGAGAUAGGCCUCUCAGUUUCUAAUAUGUUGAUUGCACAUGCGCAAAUAUGACAGGAAACUCAACUCAAAUGAUCUCUCCAAGAAACAGCGCUUUGAUUUUGUUGUGCUUUGGUUAAGCCAUUAGGUUUGAUUCGUCUAUACGUACAUGUAGUAAAGCGGUUUAGCUGCCUAAUGGAACGAAUUAAAACGAAUAUAUUAUUAAACUACAAAAUGAUACUGAGUUAAUGAUUUAAUCUCGCAAACUACACAAUUUUGGGAGUUUUAAUAUAUCUGAUUCAGCGCCAACAUGUAUUUACAUAUUUGUUCUAACCUUCACUUACUUGCAUUAAAAUGCAGUGGUAUGACCAGUUUCAACGAAGCGAGACCUCAGUACAAUUACGUCAUAAUAUGGGUAAAUGUUGAUCAAAGAGAGUGUGUGAAAAUCGCCGUGUGUGGACGCUAUAAUAUGUUAUGUUAAAACGUUUUUCAUAGCCCAUGUGUUUUAUUUUUCAAUUUAAUAACAUAAUAUGUAUUGCAGUAUACGUAUGUGAUAUACAGAUAUAACAGCGCAGCUUGGAUAGAAUCAACGGGAAAACGUGGAAGCGGUAUAUUCGUGUUUCUCAGAACAACUGUAUCUUUUGAGUGCUGAUGUUUGCGUAAUGCCACGUCCCGAUGUGGUUGUAGAAACAUUGAUGAGACCAGACUUGUAGUGCUGUAGGCAGAAUUGAAGAGGAUUGGAAAUAGUUUAUAAAAGUAUAUGAUUAUACUAAUUUAUUAUCUCUGGUAAAUACAGAAUACUUUAUUUGCUGUAGAAGAAACGUAAUGAAUGGAUGUAGGAUAGUCAUAUUUAGCAUUGUGCAACUAGCCGUUGUUGUUGUGGCGGAUGACCCACCAGGUCACAUGCAACACAUUGGUUCGCACAUGCCACCCAUGCCUAUAGAAGAAAGGGACGAUUUUCCAACCCCGAUCGAGUUUUACGAUAACUACGUCGCACCUGCGAAACCAGUGGUGUUUAAAGGAGUAGCCAAGAAAUUUCCUAACUUUAACAACUUGAGAAACGACUCUUACUUGAGAGAACGUUAUGGAGAUGCAACAUUCAGUAUAGAACCGCUCAAAGAAAGAGUAAUAGAAGAACCAUUCCCUAUGAAAAUGUCAGAAUUUCUGUCUGUUUAUGAGAAAGAAGACGUUUACAUUAUGAGUCAAAUAUCUAAUGAGCAGUUUGCGGAUGCUGAAGUGUUCGUUCCGAAGUCGCUACUGUGCGGAAGUUUUUUUAAACUGUUAAAUGUGGUGGCGAUGUGGUUUUCAGCAGGCGACUCCAACUCUCUUCUUCAUAACGACAGUAACGAAAAUCUAAAUUGCCUUUAUGAUGGGAAGAAAGAUCUGUUACUUAUAGACCCGAAAUACGAGGACAGUCUGUCAUUGGAUGAUUUACUCGAUCAGUUUAGUAACACGAGUAGUGUAGAUGUUGAAAGGGUUGAUAUGUACAAAUAUGGAAAUAUUUCAAAGAUACCGUGGUAUGGAGCAACUAUCGAGGCUGGAGACUGUUUUUACAUGCCAGUUCGGUGGUUUCACCAAUUAAAAGGACCAAAAGGCAGAAAACUUGCGAUUAACUUUUGGUUUGACCCGGUAAAUGACCAGACAUUUCAUGAAGAUUGCAUUGGCACGUUCUUCCCAGAAUACGAAACGUUGUCUCACUAUCGCAAGCAUCCGGCUAUGAGCCUUGAACAACGAAUUCUCCACAACGCAUUCAAUGGGUCUUUCAAUACAACGAAAAGUAAUUUGAUUAACGCAGUGGUCGAUCUCUUCCCUGAUAACUAUAAACAGGAGGACAAAGUCGAUAUUCUUAAGCAAACAGCACAAAAGUACUUUCACUUGCUGGACACAGACGAAGACGGUGUAUUGACCAUCCCAGAAGUUGAAUCUUUCAAGGAACGAGAGUCGACCUACGGAAAAUUCUUUCAACCUCCAAGCAUAAAGGACGAAUUAUAA